AUGUCGGCAAGUUCUGAACGUGGGAACAAUUUGGAAAAUAAAUCUCAUCUUUCCAUGCAUAAAGAAAUUCAAAAAGAUGGAAGACGAUUUAAAUGUUCAGAAUGUGAGAAAUCCUUAAGUACAAAAAAAUCAAUGCUUAAUCAACAUCAGCGAACUCAUACAGGAGAGAAGCCAUAUUCAUGUACAGAAUGUGGGAAAUGUUUUACUCAGAAAUCAAAUCUUGUGGAUCAUAUAAGAAUUCACACAGGAGAAAAGCCAUAUUCAUGUACAGAAUGUGGAAAAUGUUUUACCCAGAAACCAAGUCUUGUGGAACAUCUAAGAAGUCACACAGGAGAGAAGCCAUUUUCAUGUUCGGAAUGUGGUAAAUGCUAUAGAAGUAAAUCAGGUCUUGUUAAACAUCAGAGAACUCACACAGGAGAGAAGCCAUAUUCAUGUACAGAAUGUGAGAAAUGUUUCAUUGAAAAAUCAAUGCUUAAUCAACAUCUGAGAACUCACACAGGAGAGAAGCCAUUUUCAUGCCCAGAAUGUGGGAAAUGUUUUUCUCACAAGCCAAGUCUUGUGGAACAUUUGAGAAGUCACACAGGAGAGAAGCCAUUUUCAUGUUCAGAAUGUGGGAAAAGCUCUAAAAGUAAAUCAGGUCUUGUUAAUCAUCAGAGAACUCACACAGGAGAUAAGCCAUAUUCAUGUACAGAAUGUGGGAAAUGUUUCAUUCAGAAAUCAAUACUUAAUCAACAUCUGAGAAUUCACACAGGAGAAAAACAAUCAGAGGGAUCCCAACAGGCCAAUUCAUUAGAAUUAUACAGAUUUGUUCCAGUGAUGAAGACUUCGAACAUCAGGCUGAUAUCAUUAAACAACGCUUUCUUCAAAGAGGAUGCAAUUUAUAUUGGUCUGACCACGAGAGAAUUGAAGAUUCAAAUCAGGGAACAUGUUUGUGACAUUGAUAAGGCAAAAGAAAAUGAAGAUCUAAUCAAUUUGAAUCCAAUCCCUAAGCAUUUUAAAAUAUAUCAUGAUUGUGAUUCCACUCUCUUGAUGGUUCGUGGAAUUGACCAUGUAGACCUGGGCAUGAGAGAAGGAAAUGUCAUGAAGGAACUGGCACAACGAGAGACAAAAUAG